CCGAGAGACUCGUCGGAGGCCAGCUCAAAGCGCCAGCCACACACAAGCUGGUCGCGCAGAAUGACGACUGCGCUUGCGCUGCCGCUGGCCCCACUCAUCGGCGCCGGUGGCACACUCGCGCGCGGGACCGGCCUCGUCCUGCUCACCACCACCAAGCUCUCUCCGCUCGCGCUCCUCACGCUCCUCCUCGUGCUGCGCGUCCAGUCCGUCCCGGCGGACGUCGACCGCGAUCAGGGCCCUGUCGCGGCGGUGCGCUGGCUACUCUCGUACCUGCUCCCCGCUCCCGGCCUCGGCUGGCUGCGGCGCGGCUCGGCGCGGCUCGGCAGGUGGGCCGCCGACCGCUUCGCCGCCGCCCGCGGCCGCUCCAGGCCUCCGCCUCCGCCGCUGCCGAGGGCUGCGAAGCGGCGGCGGUCGAGCCGGCCUGUGAACGUCCUCUGCAUGGAUGGCGGAGGGAUGCGGGGCCGCAACUUGCUGGUGAUCGCCGAGGAGAUGGAGCUGCAGACUGGCAAGCCGCUCUCGUCGCUGUUCGAGCUAGUCGCGGGCACCACCAGCCGGCGGCUGCGGCGCCCUCGCGCCCUCUUCCUGAACAAGUACCCCGCGCCGGGCGAGGCGACGCACAUGGCGCGCCGCGCGCUGCGGAUGCUGCAGGAGCGCUGCUUCGCCCCCGACGCCCGCUCCUACGGCCACCUGUGGCGCGACGGGCACCUCUGCCUCGACCGGCGGCGCGAGUUCAUGCUCGAGCUCUGCGGCACGCGCCAGCCCCUACGGAGGCAGCGCCGCUGGCUCUCCUCGUCGUGGAACGCGGCGGGGCCGCGCGCCUUUGCCGUGGCGUCGUGCCGCCGCCGCGGCGGCGGGCUGGAGCCGUUUCUGUUCCGCACUUACCGCGCCACUCCGGCGAACCUCGGGCAGCGGGUGAAGCGGCGGAGGGAGCGGCAGAGGCGCAGGGCUGGGGAGGGGGGGGAGGAGGGCGCGGAGGCGCCGCUGGCGGGGACGAGCGAGGCAGAGAUGUGGCAGGCGGUGGAGGCGACUUCGGCUGCCCCGUCCAUCUUCCCGCGCACUCGCCUCGGCGGCCGCUCGUUUGCCGACGGCGGCCUGGUGGCAAACAACCCCACGCUGAUCGCGCUGCGGGAGGCGCGCGCGCUGUGGCCGCACCGCCGCAUCGGCGUCGUUGUCUCGCUCGGGACGGGCUCCUCGCGCCCCGCCUCCACAACAGCCGUCCCCGAGGCGGUGGCGGAGCUGGCGCCAGGCGCCUCGUACUUCCGGAUCGAGCCGCCGUCGAGCGGCGUCUCGAUGAUCGAGAGCGACGAGGACAAGUUGCAGCAGAUGGAGGCGGCGACGCAGCUCUACCUGCGCAGCUCGCCGGUGGCGCGCGAGCUCUGCCGGACGCUGGUCUUCCAGCAGUGGUGGGACCUGAUCGCAGACGCGGGCUACGCGGUGCACGCGUGGUGCCGCGACCUCUUCCCUCGGAUGGACUCGUGACGAUGCGACCCGCGGGGAGUGGGAGAUAGCAUGAGUUCGAGAUGUGAGUACCGUACGCACGCACACGCUGUGUCUUCUGUCGGUGAAGGGUUGACGUUGUGGGCACCGCGCCGGGGGAAAAGGGGCAUAGGCAAGGGCAGAGCGGGAUGUUACGUAAAAAACUGUUCAGUUUUC